AUGGAGUCAGCAACUGGGGCUGCUGAGAGCGAAGUGCCGCUGCAGGAGUUGCGUGUUGAUGGCAGUGGAAACCUGGAGGCUGGCGUGGAGCCAGAACCUUGUCAUAACUGCAAGAAAAGUCAGACUGGACCAGUUGUGGUUGCACUGAUAGUUGUAUCAUCUGCUUUGAUCGCCGUCAUCAUUGCUCUGGCAGUGCUGGCAUCUAAGCUUUCAUCAGCUGAUCUGUGCCCCCCUGCAUGCACAGACGGCUGGAUCGGGUACCGAGGGAAAUGCUACUAUUUCUCCGAGACUGAAGGGAACUGGACCUACGUUCAGAGACUCUGCUCCUCCUUUGGUGCCUCCUUGGCUAGGAUUGACAGUGAGCAGGAAUUGAUGUUCCUGCUGCGCCAUAAGGAUAUCCAUGACCACUGGAUCGGCCUCUGGAGGGAGCAGGGGCAGCCCUGGAAAUGGACCAACAGCACUGAAUUCAACGACCUGUUUCAGAUAAGAGGAGGUGGUGACUGCGCGUAUCUGAAUGACGAGAAAGGGGUCAGCAGCUCACGGUGCUACAUGGAAAGACGGUGGAUCUGUAGGCAAACCUGAGGUGUAUGUGAUGGGAAAAGGGACUGCACUGGAAGGGAGCUCAAAAUAAGCCUCCUAGAAAUGACACUGAUACAACUCAUACCUACUUGAAUGAACCAUGUCCCCGUUCAUCAGCCUGGCCAAGAUCUCAAAAUUGGGCAGUGGGGCCCUCAAGCAAUAAGUGUGUGUCGUUUAAACUGUGGAUUCUUUGUAUGUGCCUUCUGCUUCUGAACCUUUAAACUCAGGGACACGUUGUCAAGCUUCUCUUUGCAGCUGAGUGGGUGAGAUCUUAUGAGAAGGAUUCUCAGACACACGCUGGGGAAGUAAGGGAAGGGGAGGCCUUGUUAGUUUAGACUCCAGAACAGCGUUUCUAAGGAAAGCAAAACAGAAAGAAAAAUGAACAUUUCAGCA